CACGACAAUGCCUAGACAGAACAGAACACUCCCCAGGCGUGACACCGCCAGUAAUUUGUGGAAAAAAUAGUAAUGGCUAAGCAAGACUGACACACCCUUUGUGGGGCAGAUAAAUAGGGGUGAAUCAAACAUCUCGACACAAGAACUGGAGCCCGACGAGGACAGAAGAGCGACACAAUGAUGACAGCAAAUUUUUCUAUAAUCAUCUUACUGUCACUGAUGGGAGUUUGCCCCACUGCUUCAUGGGGGGACAUUUGCUUCGGCAACCUUGGCGUCAGUGACCUGAUUGCAGGGGCAAACGAUGCCCUAUCAUCAUUUCUGACAUAUGGUGACAUUCUCUUCAAAAGACUAAGAAAUGCAGAUCCUUGUACAAGCAGAGGAUGCGAAUGGCAAAAGCGGGGAACACACGUCACUAUCCCUUUCAGUAUUUCCCGUCAUUUCAACAGGGAAGAGAAAUUAAUAAUCCUUGGUGCUUUAGAGAGUUUUCAUUUGAGCACGUGCAUUAAAUUUACUAGACGGAUCAGGCAAAGAGACUAUCUGCACUUUUUCCCUGGAAAAGGGUGUUGGUCAUACCUUGGUCGUACAAAUGGAAGGCAGCCAAUCUCUUUGGCGAAAAACAAAUGUAUGGCCAAAGGCAUUGUGCAACACGAGGUUCUUCACGCUCUUGGAUUUCACCAUGAACAAAAUCGGUCAGACCGAGAUUCUUAUGUCAACAUUUUGUAUCAGAACAUCAAACCAGCAUUUAGAGACCAAUUUACAAAGGUGGAUACCAACAACUUGGGUACUCUCUAUGACUUUGACUCCAUCAUGCAUUACAGCAACACGGCCUUCUCCAGAAACAAGAAACCGACCAUUAUCUCUAAAAUAUUCCCGGGCCGUCGGUUUGGUACUGCAAAUGAGAUGAAUAGCUUUGACAUUGCACGUGUCAAUGCCCUAUAUGGAUGUUGUAGUUCUCAAAACUAAAAUUGUCUUAGUGACAAUGGAGUUUUGGAGCUUCACCUGCAUUUUCUUCAUCUAUUUAUAUGAUUGUUAAUCACUACUUUGUUCACGUUGAUUUUGUGGUAAAAACAUUAAGUACAGAAUAUUACCAAUACUUUUAACUUUGUAAAUUCAGCAUAAUUACACAAGCUUUGCAAGCAAUACAAAUACAAGCCGGCAGAUAUGAUGAAGACAGAAUGAGUAUAGAUUUCAUAAGCAGUCUUAAUAUGCCAUGUGCUCCUCUGGCAAUAUAAGUUGGUGUGCCUGGCAUGUUAUGUGCCAUGGGAAGUAUGUAUUUUUAUAGUGACUUCAAUGUAUUUAUGAACCGUGUGACCUAAUUAACCCUUUUGUCCCACAGUUUUAAAAUGGUUUCUGGAAUCGAACUUUAUUAAGGAAUAUUUUGUGUCAUAAAAUAUUUUUUAAAACAGUUUAGCUCAGUUAAAAACAAACAAAAAAGGAAAUUAUGUGUGAAUAAGGCAUUUUGGGGAA